AUGGGAGUAACAAAGAAACCUGACUUAAAUGAUCCUGUAUUAAGGGCUAAAUUAGCUAAAGGCAUGGGACAUAAUUAUUAUGGCGAGCCCGCUUGGCCUAAUGAUCUCUUAUAUAUUUUUCCAGUAGUUAUUUUUGGUACUAUUGCAUGUACCGUAGGUUUAGCAGUUCUAGAACCAUCAAUGAUUGGUGAACCGGCAAAUCCAUUUGCAACUCCUUUGGAAAUAUUACCCGAAUGGUAUUUUUUCCCCGUAUUUCAAAUACUUCGUACAGUACCUAAUAAAUUAUUAGGUGUCCUUUUAAUGGCUUCAGUACCUGCAGGACUAUUGACAGUCCCUUUCUUGGAGAAUGUGAAUCAAUUUCAAAAUCCAUUUCGUCGUCCAGUAGCUACAACAGUAUUCUUAUUCGGUACCGCAGUAGCUCUUUGGUUAGGUAUUGGGGCAACGUUACCUAUCGAUGAAUCUUUAACUCUAGGUCUUUUCCAAUUUGAUCUAAUUUAG